UCUCCCCUCUCGGCCCCGCCCCUCAGCAGCCGAGGCCCCUGCGCUCCCUCCCUCCCUCUGCUCCGGUUCUCCCCCACCUGUGUCCCUCCCACCUGGGGCCUCAGCUGCUCAUGGAGAAGGCGGACGGCUUCUCAGAGGAGGAAUUCCGGAAGGCCUGCGCGGAGCUGGAGGGCCCGGCUCCGGCAGGCGGGGGCUGGGAGUCGCUGGUGGAGUCGGAGGGCUUCAACCUCUACCGGCAGCCGGACGAGCAAACUGGACUUUAUGAAUAUAAAGCUUUUGGUGAUUUCAAGGAUUGCCCUCCAACCCUCUGCGCAGAUGUCUAUAUGGACUUAGAAUAUAGAAAGCAAUGGGAUUCAUAUGUUAAAGAACUCUAUGAAACUAAUAUCAAUGGGAAGAUGGUCGUCUACUGGGAAGUGAAAUAUCCCUUUCCCAUGUACAACAGAGAUUAUGUGUAUAUUCGGGAUCGGAGAGAUUUGGAUUUAAAUGGGCGUACGGUCCACGUGAUGUUGGCUAAGAGCAUCUCCGUACCUGAAAUUCCAGAGAAAGACGGUAUCAUCCGGGUCAGCGAUUACAGGCAAAGCCUUAUGAUUGAAAGUGAUGGCAAGAAUGGGUGCAAAGUUUCCAUGUUCUACCAUGAUAACCCUGGAGGCAUGAUUCCAUCCUGGCUUAUCAACUGGGCGGCAAAGCUUUGGAGCAGAGAUUUUGCAAAAUGCUGUCCUUAUUUCCAGAGUUUGGGCUAAAGAUCACAUGCAACCAAUGAAUGAAAGAUAAUUGGCCACUUUACAGUUUUAACCUCAAAUGAACUUCCAUGUCUGAGUGAAUUUCCUGGUAAAAGAUCAAGUUUUAACAGAAUGCAAAAGCUGCAAGAAGGAUGGACAACAAGAAGGUCAGUGCAGUCUGCUGGACAAGUGACCUGGAGUAACUUUUCUAAACCACAUUUUAAAGAUGGACUUAUCAGAUGGCCCAGCAAGAAACCAUCCAGCAAUUUAGUCUUCAUCUUGAAAUGAAAAUAACACACAGGGGCCCAGUCAGAAACUUCAUGGUUCUGGGAGCAGGGUUGGCAAUAUUCUUUCUUGAGGGAACUGCUUUCAGGAGCUGUCAGCAUUAUCAUCAGGCAUUUGAUUUUACAGACCUCUAAUAGGGCAGGAAACGCACAGGCUUUAGGCUGAAACUAGACUGUUGGGUUUAUAACAAAGGCCCCAGUGAAUUUCUUCUCUGCCCAUGUGGAUUCACUUCACCAACCUGUCACUUAGCCAGAAGUCAUCGUAUAGGUUUUUGGGUUUUAUGGUUGAAGAGAAAUAUAAAAGUUGGAUUCUCUCCUCUACCCCAUGCCCCUACUCUGUACUUUGGAAAUAGCCUGUGAUUUCUUUAGGCCAGCCCUGGCUAUCAUAAGUAGAGCCUCCUUAUCUACUCUCAAGUUUUAAAAGCCGAUUUCAGUUUCAAAUUAUCUGAGUUAAUGCUCAGGUGUUCCCAACCCCAGCAAACUUCCUCCUUUUAAAUAAUUUAGCACUUGCUAUUUAACUUCAAAGUUAUUAUUAUUAUUUUUUUAAAAAAUCAAUUAAAAUAGAAAGCAAUGGGAAAUCAAUAAAGUAUAAAAUGAGAAAUAGAAUGAAAUAUAUCAAAUCAGUCUGAGCCACAUCCUCCCACAUUCAUGCAUCAAGGCCAUAAGACCUUGGAUUAUGCUCCCCAGUGUUGUCUUUUUGCCCAGCACCACAUGUUAGUGAAUAGCCAGUGCAUAACAUUUGAGGUCAGAUGAACAAAAAAGGAACUAUGUCUUGAUUUCUGCAGUGCCAUUGCUGGGUUGUCUGACGGUUGCUUAAGAAGUCAUCUUCUGGGGCAGCUAGGUGGCCCAGUGGAUAGAACACUGGCCCUGGAUUCAGGAGGACCUGAGUUCAAAUCCGG